AUGAUAAAGGUGAUCGAUCUGAAUCUGGAAAAAAGCCAAGUUUCUAACAAAAACUUAUUCUACGAAAUCACCGAAAACAUUAGAUCCAACCACACGUUCAUAUAUACAGAUGCCUCCAAGGGUAAAAACAACGCGGGCUACGGAGUCUAUUGCAACAAUCCCCCUAUCAACUAUGCAGAAAGACUACCAGAGGAAGUAACAAUUUGCACAGCGGAAAUAGUUGCAAUUAACAAGGCAAUUAUUAUUUCUCUGUGCAAAGAGCUAAGAAAUGUUGUAAUCCUCUCAGACUCUAAAAGCGCCAUUGACAAGAUUCGAUAUCCCGGGGUAAACACUUCAAAUGACUCGAUCACACUAUCAACCAAAAAACUCCUAUUAGAAGCAAACAAUAGCGGAACGAAAAUACACCUAACGUGGAUACCAAGUCACACAGAUAUAAGUGGAAACGAAGCUGCAGAUAAACUCGCAAAUAUUGGAAGGUCACUCAAUGUACCCAAGAACAUCAAAAUCGACAAGGCAGAUAUACUAGCAGUUAUUAAACACAAACUUACAGAAGAAUUUUCCCAAAAAUGGAAAACAACAGCCACCAACAAGGGGGGAUGGUACUCAGAAAUCGUUAAAAAAUUUCCCAAAACCAGAUGGUUUGACAAUUUAAAAUACGCCAGAAGAAAGGACAUAACCAACAUCAUACGACUUAAAACAGGACACUGUCGCACAAAGGUCCAUCUGAAUAGAAUAGGAAUAAUUGACAGCCCACUUUGCGAGUGUGGAAAAAUAGAAAAUAUAAACCAUAUAUUCUUGGCAUGCCCCCUGAGAACCUAUCCUCAAACAGAUCUAUACACAAAACUAAUAAAAGACGGCCACACUACACCAUUCAGUAUGCAGACAGUACUGUACAACGCCAAGCUAAAAACCAUUAAUCUCAUCAACGCGUUUAUAGACAAAAACAAACUAGAAUUAUAA